CCCAAAGCACCUCGUCUCAAUCUCGACAAUCGCGGCACCUUUCUUGCCGAUCAUCGCUUCUUUCCCCCCUUGGGUCCCUUGAGCAAACAUUCUCAAUCAAUUGACUCCAAGGCUUAGAGCCGGCUUUACAGUUCCCAGAAGAUAAUCGGGACCGCCUGGGGAACAAUGCCCUCCACAACCCUCCCCACACCCACGCCCGAUGAACUCGACGACCUCAUCUACUUCACACGCACAGGCGACCUGGCAAGUCUAAUGUCCCUAGUUGCGCAACUGUGCAGCACACACCACUGCCCCCCGUCGGUGCUGCUCGCCUCGUCCAUCGACAUCGAUGCGGACGGCCUGGGCUCACAGUCCUCUCUGCUCCACUACCCCGCCGCAAACGGGAAUCUCGAAAUCAUAACGCACCUCCUGUCGCUGCUCGCACCGUCCGAGUCGCUAGGCACCUCCCCCUCGGCGACGACCGCCGACAAAUCCGCGCCCUCGCUCGUCAAUCACAGAAAUGUGUCGGGAAACACUCCCUUGCAUUGGGCGGCGCUGAACGGGCACUUGGAGGUGGUUCAGGCACUGGUGAAGGCGGGCGCGGAUCCGACGAUCGUCAACGAGGCCGGGCGAGAUGCCGUGGUGGAGGCGGAGAUGAGCUCGAAGGACGGAGCAAAGGAAUGUGCCGAGUGGAUGCUGAGGCACUGCGAGGGACUCGAAAAAGGCGUCACUGACGGCGGCGUUGGCGAGGAUGGCAGUGGCAGUGGCAGUCAGGAGGUGGAAGAAGACGCGAAAGAGGAGGGCCACAACAUGGAGAGCGUCCACCUGGAUGAAGGUCCCGAGAAGUCUGAAACUACGGUGACGAACGGGGAGCAAAAAGAGACGUGAUCGGUCAUCGAGAAGGAGAAGCGAGAAGUAUCUUUUGGACUGCGCCCUAAGAGCGAGCCAUUUGGGAACAUCUCGAGAUAUCCAUCCCCCGCGAUCGUUUACCCCCGGAGGAACAUGCAAUUACCAGACAGGGCGAAGAAAAAGUCCCGGAGAGGACUCGAUUGCGAUUCUGGAAAAGCCCCCCCACAGACACCCUCUCAUGCAUCAACGGUGUGCGAAUGCAGAAGCCAGCUUUUUUACUCCCCACGAAACAUCUCAUGUCAAAGGAUACCGGUUCCAACAAUUCCCAGGUCAAAAGACAGCCACGAAAUUCACCUCCAGUGUUCCAACCGUUGUUCUGGCCCUAGUCGGUCAACGGUAUACAAUGGCACUGCAAUCCCUCCUUGCCAGCGAGAGUGCAGUAGGCGGUGAUGCAGGUUUUCCCAGUAUCCACAUCCACCACGCAGCGCUGGUCAACGCAAAUACCGGUGUUCACGCGCUACAAUACCCCGAAGAAGGUCUGUCAGCUCAAGUUCUCUUUUCCCAAAAUACUGGAUUGGACACUGGAAACAAAUCAUAUCAUGGAGGCCUUUAGGCGCAUAGACGAGGCAGAUCUCCCGGGCAAGGAAAAGAGCCAAAGAUGCAGGUUCUAGGACAGAACUAUGGACGAACCUUUACAAGCUUAUCAUCUCGCAGCGGAGGAGCACAAAUCUCCUCAACGGUGGCGGGGACGGGCGUGGCCAAUGCGACAGGGAGGACGAGCGCAAGGCUGGCGAGGAGGAAGUUGCUGAAACGCAUUUUCGAUGUGGGUGCGUGGGCGGGUUGUCUUCAAAGACGAGAGGUAGGAACAGGGCACCGCGACAACUUCCGUUGGCUUUUUAGGAGAACUUGGAGGGUGGCCAGGCGGCGAAAGAAAGUCGGCGUCCGAAAUAUCCAGGUUCGACACGGACCUUCUCCUGUCUUUGUUCUUUGCUUGUUCUUGCAGCAGACCGGGACAGCGGCGAAGCGGUUUCGUCGUCGAAUUUUAGUAUUUGCGAGAGCCAGGCGCAGCGUGGACUUGGGAAGUGAGAGUCUGAACGGAGGGUCUUAUUCCUCUUUUCAAUGCGCCCACCCCGAAGCAUCGCGGUUGAGCUCAUCUUAUAUACCCUGACCUCACCCUAGCUCACCUCACCUCACCUCACCUUGUGCGGUCUCGCCUCACCUGACGGCCUCAGCUACAGAGCUUCGAGAAAGAGCUGCGUGCCUCACAUCAUUCCAACCUUGCCGGCGAUUGGAGGGCGGACCUAUACGAAGUCGCGCAGGCCGGAAGAUUUUAAGCUUACGAUCACGAGCUCCCCCAUCGGGCAAUCGUUCUUUUCGCUCUUGACAUUCCCCUUUGCCUGUGAUGGCGGUGGCUGGCCUGCAUUGACGCGCGCCCCCUUUGAUGCAUCCUAGUAAACGACAGAGAAGAAAAAAUUCGUCAGUCAUCCCGUCAAGGCAACCGGUCAGCUCUUUCUCAUUUUCGCGAUCCAACUGUGGCCGAACACGCAACUCGCUCUGCCACCCCUCCCACCAUUCGCUGGGAUUGCGCAACCUCGUAUUUUGGUUCGUCAACGUUUUUCGCCCGCGCCCAGGGUUCCCGAAAGGGAGGUCUGAUCGGUGACGGUGUUUCGUUGGCUGUUACGGCAUACAGAGAUUUUGCCUUCCCCCUUCAGUCAGCCAUCGAUCGGAUGGGUAUGGGGGAGCCCUGGAUUUGGCUUUGUCAACCCGCGUCAGAAGGUGUCUGGACUCCCGUAUGGAUGGAUGGGGAACUGGGUUUUCGGCCGCUGACACACGGUUGGUUGGAAGGCAGGCCACGGCUGAAAAAAAAAAGGGCUCUUGUUCUUGGGUGAAGCGAGCCGACAAUUGUAGGUUAUAAAAUUAGCCAGACUGCCCCGUCCAGGUAGACCUUUGUAGACGAGGCGAGAACAAGGCCUGCAAAAUUAGCCAGCUACUGUAGCCAUUCGAAGUCGGGGGUGGUUGUUCAUCGCCCUCACUGAUG